AUCUCGUCCUCCGCUACGAAUGGCUAGGGCUUACUGCUCAGCUGUAGUUGCACAAGAUAGACUGUGGGUUGUCGGAGGUUGUUGUGUUUCUCGGUCCAAUAAAAACCACCUACUGAGCACAGGAUUGCUCGAUAUUUAUAAUAUGGACUGCAACGAGUGGGAAACUAGAGCCGAGCUACAAAUACCGAGACAUUCUGCUGGGGUUGUUGCUUUUGAAGCCUUUAUCUAUGUAAUUGGAGGUAUAAGCAGUAAAGAAUGGGGGCCAGUUUCAAAAACUGAACUCUUCAUGUUGGACGACGAAAGCAUCAGAAAACCGAAAGAAAUCCCUGAUCCUAUAACUGGUGUGUCAGUAAUUGCCAUACCUCCAGUAGAAGCUGUUUUACGAACAAAAAGUCUCAGUUCUGUGAUUCGACAAAUAAUUGACUAUUGAUUUGCUUACUGUAAUUUGGAAUGCAAAUAUCCAAAAAUCUCUCCUGAAAUGACAAAGUUGGGGCUUUUACCCUGAAGUUUUUAAAA